GAUGAGAUAUUGAAUCAGGUUCCGUUGAUCAAGAAUCCCUUGUAUCAGCCCCCGAAACCAGUCACUUUAAACACAAAUUUUAAUAAGUUGAUACCAACUUUGAACUCGGUAAGACCGCCUAAGAUCAAGUUGACUACAGAGGAGUUGACCAAUUGGUUGGCGUCAAUUGAAAAAAUGAAAAGUACUAGCGAUUCAGCAGAGGUGACUAAGUAUCAGGAUUGGAUUAACCAACAGCAAAGAAAAUUUGCUCCUGGAUUCGAUUUUGAAAACGUGUUGGUUCCUACUACGAAGCCUCAAGAUAAGAAUGAAUUGGAUGAGUUAUUUGGUAAUGUUUCCAUCUAA